GUACUAGGCCGACUAUUUAGUUGAAGUCAAAUAUCUUCCUCUUUCUCCCUGUGUGCGCUCUUUCCUUUGUUGUCUGAGCCUGGAGGUGUAACCGGAACGAGUGUGAUCCGGUACCGUGAUUGCUUCGUCCUGGAAUUGCUUCUGGCCCCGACUUCCUCUGCUCCUGGAGUACGGAUAAUAAUCUAUCAGCUGCUUUUCGAGUCCUCUAGAAAACAGUCCCUCGUUGAACUGUGGAGACCGACGAUUCGGAUGAGCGCAAGCGAAACGCUCUCUCUGCAAUUCGUCCAGUUUUGAUUGUUGUAGAAUUUCAGUAAGAUGCAAUCAGGAAACUCAGGAUAUGACAUCAACGAUCUGUUUGGAGCAGCUCAAACCCGUUGGCUGAAGCCUGCGGAGGUGCUCUUCAUUUUACAAAACCACGAGAAAUACAAAAUCACAGAGGAGCCCCCUCGACAGCCAGCUAGUGGAUCUUUGUUUCUAUUCAACAAAAGGGUCCUUAGGUUCUUCCGUAAAGAUGGUCAUAAUUGGCGUAAAAAGAAGGAUGGAAGGGCUGUUGGGGAAGCGCACGAGCGACUUAAGGUUGGAAAUGUUGAAGCAUUAAAUUGCUAUUAUGCACAUGGAGAGCAGAAUCCCAGUUUUCAGAGACGUAGCUAUUGGAUGCUGGAUGCGGCAUAUGAGCACAUUGUUCUGGUACAUUACAGAGAGUUAAGUGAGGGAAAGCCCAGUCCUGGAGCUGUUGCACUGUCAUCUCCAGGAUCCUCUUCUCCCUUCAGUCAGAGUCCUAGCUGUUAUACCACUCCAAAUCCGGGCUCUAACUCCAUAAUUACUGAUUUCUUUGAGCCUUACCAGAGUUUAUCAAGUCCAGAAGUUAGUUCUGAGAUAGCCACCCAGAAUAAUGGGAUGGAUCACCUGGACAGGAUGGGUAGAACAGCACAGAGAGAUAGUUCUGCUGACAUUGAGGUUACUCAAGCUUUGCGAAGGCUUGAGGAGCAAUUAAGUUUGAAUGAAGAGAGAUUCCAAGAAAUUAGUCAGUUCAGCAAUCAAGAUCAAAAUUCAAAUGAUUCAAAUAUUCUGGAAUAUGAAAGGGAGAACUCCAAGCAGGAUCAAUAUUCAACUUUACUGCAUGGACAUGCUACAAUGCAGGAUGACUCAAACAACCUUGAGCUUCUGCAUGAUGCAGCAGGUGAGAAUGGCAAACAUCACAAUCAAUCAUUUGAGCAUGAUUUUGCAGAUGGAAGUAAAGGAACUUUAUCUUGGGAAGAGGUGUUUGGGUCGUGUAGCACUUCAUUUGGUGUUGGGUCCCAGGGAGAGCAUUUCUAUACAUUGGAUGGAAACGAAAAGCCCCUUUCUCCUACAAGGAAGGCACCAAAGGAAGAGCAGGAACAUAGUAAUUGGCUAAAUUUCAAUGUAGAUAAUGUUGAAAACACUUCUUUGUUGCUGCCUAAAGAAGCUGAUGGUUUAAAGUUUCCUGAAUACUCUUCAGUGAUGGGAACUCAUGAAACCAAUUCUGACUACUACACGACUUUGUUUGACGAAGGCCAAAUAGCAGAUUCAAGUUUGACUGUCGCACAAAAACAGAAAUUUACAAUUCGUGAUAUAUCCCCAGAAUGGGGUUAUGCCACUGAGACUACAAAGGUUAUCAUUAUUGGAUCUUUCCUCUGUGAUCCAUCAGAAUCUGCCUGGACUUGUAUGUUUGGUGACAUUGAAGUUCCUCUUCAGAUCAUUCAGGAAGGUGUCAUCCAUUGCGAAGCUCCUUCUCACCCUCCUGGAAAGGUGACUCUCUGCAUUACUUCUAGCAAUCGGGAAUCCUGCAGUGAAAUCAGAGAGUUCGAGUAUCGGACCAAGACUGGAACUUAUACUCGCUGUAAUUCACCUAAAACAGAAGCCACCAAGAGCCCAGAAGAGUUGCUGUUACUUGUUAGACUCGUGCAGAUGCUUCUGUCUGAUUCAUCAACAAAGAAAGGUGACUCUGUAGAAUCUGAAAUUCAUCUAUUGAGAAGAUUGAAAGCUGAUGAUGAUUCAUGGGAUCAUGUCAUAGAGGCUCUAUUAGUUGGUAGUGGAACUUCAUCUGGUACCAUCGAUUGGGUUCUUCAAGAGCUUCUAAAAGACAAGUUGCACCAGUGGCUUUUAUCCAGAUCCCAGGACGGAUGUGAUCAGUUGGGCUGUUCCUUGUCCAAGAAAGAGCAAGGGGUAAUACACAUGAUUGCCGGGUUGGGCUUUGAAUGGGCUUUGAGCCCAAUUCUCAAUAGUGGAGUCAAUAUAAAUUUCCGCGACAUUAGUGGGUGGACCGCUCUUCAUUGGGCUGCACUCUUUGGAAGGGAAAAAAUGGUUGCUGCACUUAUUGCUUCUGGUGCAUCAGCUGGGGCAGUGACAGAUCCCAGUUCACAAGAUCCAAGAGGUAAAACUCCAGCAUCUAUCGCAGCUACCAGUGGGCACAAGGGACUUGCAGGUUAUCUUUCAGAGGUGGCACUUACUAGCCACCUGUCAUCCCUCACACUGGAAGAAAGUGAGCUUUCUAAAGGCUCUGCUGAGGUUGAAGCAGAAAUAACUGUGAAUAGCAUCUCAAUGGGGAGUCUCACUACCACUGGGGAUCAGGUUUCCCUUCAACAUACCUUGGCUGCUGUCCGAAAUGCAGCUCAAGCUGCUGCACGUAUACAAUCAGCUUUCCGUGCGCAUUCUUUUAGAAAACGACAACAGAGAGAAGCUGCUUCUACUAGUAUGGAUGGCUACAGCAUCAAUUCAGAUGAAAUUUCAGCUAUGUCAAAGUUAGCCUUUCGUAACCCACGUGAUUACAAUUCAGCAGCAUUAUCGAUUCAGAAGAAGUACCGAGGUUGGAAGGGUCGCAAGGAUUUCCUAGCAUUUCGCCAGAAAAUUGUGCAGAUACAGGCUCAUGUGAGAGGUUAUCAGGUAAGGAAGCAUUACCAGGUAAUCUGUUGGGCUGUUGGAAUUCUAGACAAGGUUGUACUACGAUGGCGACGGAAAGGAGUUGGUUUGCGAGGUUUCCGGAAUGAGACUGAGAUCAUCGAUGAAACUGAAGAUGACGACAUUCUCAAGGUGUUUCGCAAAGAGAAAGUGGAUGUGGCUAUUGAUGAAGCUGUCUCACGGGUAAUGUCCAUGGUUCAAUCUCCAGAGGCUCGCCAGCAAUAUCAUCGUGUGCUUGAAAGAUACUGCCAAGCUAAGGGUGAACUUGGUGGCAUAGCUAGUGAAUCAGUGGGAUCAACUUCUGUAGGUGAUAUAUCCAGUAUGGAAGAUGAAGAUAUGUAUAAAUUCCCAUAGAAGCAUCUGUUGAUCGUCCUAACUAAUCUUAGGUUGACUAAUUUUUUGCUUUGGCUAGAUGGUUUAGACGUUUUCUGUGCAUAAUGGGCUGGAUUUCGCGUUCUCAUAUGUAAAUGCUUCGUGUAAUUGCUGUAAAUGGGUUUUAGAGGGGUUGAAUGGGUUUCAGUAUCUCUCUUUCGAUAAA